AAAAGGAAAAUUUAUGCUUAUAUGGUUUUCCAAAUGAAACAUGGGAAGUAACCUUGCCUGCUGAGGAAGUUCCACCUGAACUUCCAGAACCAGCAUUAGGAAUUAAUUUUGCUCGAGACGGAAUGGAUGAGAAGGAUUGGUUGUCACUUGUUGCAGUCCACAGUGAUGCAUGGUUAUUGUCCGUCGCCUUCUAUUUUGGUGCCCGUUUUGGGUUUGAUAAAGAAGCCAGGAAGCAACUCUUCCACAUGAUAAAUGGUCUCCCUACUAUAUACGAGGUUGUGACAGGAACUGCCAAGAAGCAGUCCAAAGAAAAACCCACUAACAGCAGCAGCAAGAGCAACAAGACUGGCUCAAAGCCUUCACGUCAGUCUGAGUCUCAUACAAAGGCCUCAAAGAUGCCUCCCCCGAAAGAUGAAGAAGAGAGCGAAGGAGAAGAUCAGGAUGAAGAAGAGCAUGGAAAUACUCUGUGUGGUGCAUGUGGGGACAACUAUGCCAAUGAUGAAUUCUGGAUUUGCUGUGACAUUUGUGAGAGAUGGUUCCAUGGCAAGUGUGUCAGGAUCACUCCUGCCAGGGCCGAGCACAUCAAGCAGUACAAAUGCCCUGCUUGCAGCAACAAGAGAGCCCGAGCAUGAUGGGACUAGAAAGCUUGUGGUUGAUGUUUUAGAGAUGGGGGCCUCAGAAAUACAAGGGGGAGAACCAUUUUGGAUGCAGCAGUGAACAAACCUGCGUGCUUGAGUCUUGAUCUCAUUGUAGACUAAAUGUAGUCAUGUUGGACAUAUUCUUGUUGAAUAUUGGUGUCUAUUUAGUGUUAACAUACUGUAAUGGGUAAUUUUCUGUUUAUGAUCAAACAUUUCUUGGCUAAUCUAGUGGAGUGUGUCCUUUUGGCAGACAUUUUCUACUGCUUCAGGACCUGUGAUUUCUUUCUUAGCUUGAUUAUCAGUCUCUAUUUACUGUUAACAGACUGUAAUGGGUAAUUUUGAUUUUAACA